UAUUUGUUAGCUGUAUCCACUCGAGUAUUGUUGUAUCUUAAUAUUAUUAUCGUUUUUAUGACAUAACGAUACGCAAUAUCAAGAAAUAACUUAGUUUUGAACAAUUAGUAUUAUCAUAUCUUUAGAUUACAAGUCCCAAGCUGACAUUUCGCUGUGAACCGACAUAGCUCAUUGUCACUUACUUACUGUUACACUACAGCUGUGUGUCCAAAAUGGCGAGCGGACUAAAAAUAAACGAGGACCUUGCUAGAGAAAGACAAAAGUGCACUUUUAAUGUCACAGAACUGACACAUCUACUGGACAAUGGAGAGAAAGUCACCAAGCAGAAGAAGCAUUUCGAAAAGACGUUGUUUAGCAUCAAAGAACUUCAGGACGAGGUGCCAGAAAUAUACCUGAGCCACAAGGAGCGAUACGAAAACGCGGUCCGCAAAGCUUGCAUCCUACAAAAAGUGCGGAGGGAUUACGAAAAGGAGCAUGAAAUUCUUAACUUUCGCAACCUGUUCCACGCUGAAUAUGGGGUCAUCAAAGACGUGUCCCCGUUUUUCUUGCAUCGGGGCAUGUUUGUGCCCACCAUUAUGGGACAGGGCACGCCAGAGCAGCAGGCCGAGUGGCUGCCUAAAGCACAGGCCAUGGAGAUCAUUGGGACAUAUGCACAGACAGAACUUGGGCACGGAACCUUUAUUCGAGGGUUGGAGACCACGGCUACUUACGACGCAAAGACUGAGGAAUUCAUCCUCAACAGUCCUCACAUCACCUCAUACAAGUGGUGGCCGGGUGGUUUGGGAACUACUGUGAACCACUGCAUAGUAGUGGCUCAGCUGUACAUCGAUGGGAAAAACCACGGCAUCCACCCCUUCAUAGUUCAAAUUCGUGACCUGGAGACACACAACCCGCUGCCAGGAAUCCAAGUUGGUGAAAUCGGGCCUAAAUUAGGAUUCCAAACAGCAAAUAAUGGAUUUUUGGGUUUCAAGAACUUCAGAAUUCCAAGAAUGAACAUGCUGAUGAAAAAUGCUCAAGUAUUAAAGGAUGGAACAUUUGUCAAAGGAAUGAAUGAGAAGCUGACUUAUGGGACCAUGGUGUUGGUGAGGGUCAACAUAGUCUCUGACGCGGCAUACCACACCGCCAUGGCCGCCACCAUCGCUGUGAGAUAUGCUGCUGUCAGGCACCAGUCACAGUUAAAAGCCAAUCAACCUGAAGCACAGAUCCUGGACUAUCUGACUCAGCAGCACAAGUUGUUCAUUGCGAUAGCGACGAGCCACGCCUUUGAAAACCUCUACAGGUUACUGUGGCAACAGUAUUUAAAGGUGGUUGAAGAUUUGGCGAAAGGAAAGCAAGAUCACUUGCCAGAGCUCCACGCUGUAUCCUGCUGCCUGAAGGCGACUGCCUCUCGUGACUCAGCGAUCAUGGCAGAGCAGUGCCGGCUGGCUUGCGGGGGACACGGCUUCAUGACGGCCUCCAACUUACCCAUCAUUUAUGGGUUCUGCACAGCCGCCAUCACGUAUGAGGGCGAGCAUACUGUGCUGUUACUGCAGACUGCUAGGUAUUUGAUGAAAGCAUGGACCUCAGCACUGGAAGGCAAGGUGUUGGCGCCAACUGUCGCCUACUUAGUAGACUGGUUGAAGGCAGAUAAGCAAAGGUGGAGCAACACACCAGAGGCUAUGGUUAGGGGAUUCCAACACGUAGCAGCAGGAAAAAUCAAGGACGCUUUUGAUGCGAUUCAGAAGCAUGUCAAGGCUGGUAAAGACUUCGAAGAUGCCUGGAAUUUGGCGUCAGUACAGCUCAUAAAGGCUAGCGAGGCCCAUUCCCGCGCCAUCUUGUGUGACGCGUACUGGCGGGAGACCAUCAGGUCAUCAGCAACAGUAUCCUCAAGCUUGGCCGCAGUCCUGAACCAUUUGCUGCAGCUGUACUUGGUUUACUGGACGCUGGAGACUGUUGGAGAUCUAUUGAUUUAUUCAAACAUUGCAAAGGAAGACAUUGCUGCUCUAAAGGAGAAAUACGAAGAGUUGUUGGCUCUGAUCAGGCCAAACGCCGUGGGCCUUGUAGACGCCUUCGACAUCAGUGAUGAGGUCCUGCAGUCCGCUUUAGGGUCGUACGAUGGGCGGGUGUACGAGAGACUGAUGGAGGAGGCCAUGAAGAGUCCUCUUAACAAGGAGCCCGUCAACCAGUCCUUCCACAAGUACAUGAAGCCCUUCAUAAAGGCCGCGAAGCUAUAAACUGUCAUAUAAAGUAUAUCUAUAGAUAUCUAUCCACCUAAAUGUAAUUAGAAUUAUAAAAAAAAAUUGCCACCAAAAAUGUAAGCUGUAACAAUGCUAAACCAAAAAUAUGUUAUUGUUUGGUUGUAAUAAUAUUUUGUAAGAAGGUUAAGACUUUAAACAAGAAUUGUGAUAAAAUAAUGAUGAAGAUGAUAGUUCUUCUUUAAUUCUGGGUGAUAAAAAAUGAUAGCAUUAGGUACCUGAAAUAAUUUUGAUUUGGAUUUUAACCUCAGUACUUAGAUAAGAUGAAUACAAA